AUGGCUAUACCCAUUGCCAUGAUUGUCAUAGGUAAGCUAUCCUUCGUUUGGGGGGGGGGGGGGAGGUAGGCGGUACACCCAGUAAAUUUUGGGUUUGGAGAGUGCUACCGGAGUCCCUAGCCUGUGAUGGUUCAUUGAAACCUCCGAUCUUACUCUUCACCGUACUACUGCACAAACACUCUGAUUGCUAUCCUCCAUAUCAGAUGCAAGCUUACCAUACACAGAGGCGCAUAUCAUACUGGUAGUUAUCCACCACCCAACAUGGGUUAAAAGUUGUCAAACCUUCUUGACAGCUGUUUCUAAUAACUCCCACGUGUAGUAAUAGUUUCAGCUUUUUUUGUUGAUGUUUUAAAAAGCCCUUAUAUAUACCAUGUUAACCCUUCAGUUGGCCAUAAUUGUGAAUUCCAGAACAUUUUACCUUGCAUAGAGGUAUCAGCCCUGCAAGGAUUGUCUGAAAUAGCUGACACCAAAAAUUAUCCCAUACUUCUUGAUUUUGGCCAGCUAGUCUGUUGGGCUUUUUCUGAUUCUUUUAAAUAUUAGUAAAAAAAAAAAGGGAAAACCACGACUGACUUCAACAUUAAAGCUACCUACAUCAGGGCUCGAAAAAGUCUCAUCUGGUUGUCCAGGACAUGAACAUUGUCUUGCUACGAAAGUAAUUUCAACCCGUAAAGCCCUGAGAGUGAUCAACAUCAAAUUCCUCCUUGUAAUAUCAAUCUAUUGCUUUGUAAAACAGAGUGGUCAUGAGAAUUACAGACAAUGAUCACUCAAGAUGAAAUUGCCUGACAUUUUAUCAACUGAUUCUCCCCACUACUUCUGUAGGAAAUGAACAGAGACAGAAAAUGAGAAUUCAGAUUUUGAUCUUAGGGUGUAAAGGGUUAAAGCACACUUCCCCAGUGGGCAAGGGUCCAGGCAAGAGUCAACCAUUAACAAAAUCAUGAACUAAGAUGAGCAAGAAAUGGUGGCCGGCAAGCAAAAUGUGAUAGCUGCUUGCCCAAAGGACAAGUUUUUUUUCAAGCCCUGUACAUUGUACAUAUACUUCAAAUUUUUCCUUCAACCCUUUGAGCCAUGUCAUUUAGGUAGUUUCGUGGUUCUUUCCCUCAAUGUAAGUUCACUGCAGAAUAAGAAUAUCAAAUUCCAGGUUAAAAAAAUAAACGAUGGCAAACAAGGAGAACAUUGAAACUAACUUCCCCUCCAAAUGAUUCUCAAUAUUCUUUGCAUUGUAUUAACUUAGGUGCUGAGUAUAAGAAUGAAUGUCCUAUCGAAAAGAAGAUACCCAUCUAUCUGAUAGUAGCUGGAUCCAUUGGUGUCUUCCGUAACCUCAUCUCGUUAUGUCAGAGGGCAAGGAAAAGUGAUAAUGAUCAAGAAGAAGAAGAGAAGAAGCAAAACCCUGUUACUUCCAUCCUGGACUGUUUCCUGUUUGCCUGGUUUAUCUGCGGCAAUGUCUGGAUUUACAGUAAUUAUAAGGAUGUAAUUUACAAUGAUUUGAGCAGUCCGGAUUACUGUAAUGAAACUUUGUACCUCUUUGCAUUUUGGAUAACUACAGCCACUUAUAUUUUGAUUGGUGUUAUGUGUUGCUGUGUUUGUUGUGUUGGUGUGUGUGCAGCUAUUUUCAGCGAGGAAUGAUAAAUGCUCAACUAGAGCUGGUGUGAUCCUGUUCCCACUUCACCUUGUUAGUGACAGCAUUAAGAAAUGAUAAAAUCUGCUUAACUGUCAUCUCACUCUGUCACUACCAGGAAACACCAAAAUUAAAUUUAAGGAAAAGUCACUAAUAGUCCAGUUAUGAGUUCACUAUGACUGCUGAAUAAAAGAAGCAAAGAUACAUUUUUUAAAGGCUUAGCCUCCAUCUGAAGUAAAUAUACUCACAAAUUGCUUUGAGAAGACGGCCUGCUCAUUACUCUCUCUAAUGUGUGUUUUUAAAUUUUAAACACUUACUUGCUGGAAUUGGUGAAUAUUUUACUUUAUGUGGGCUAGUCCUGUGUGAGUUUGUCGUUAACAUUUGUAUUCAGCGGUAAUUUUAAAUUCAAAACUGGACCAUUUCCUAAUGUCUUGUAAAGUAAAUACUGAAAUAAAUCAAAAGUACUCAGCUAAGGAAAUUAUACAGUCAGUUAAAGAUGAAAUAGUACCACAUGAAAGUACUGCCCAAGAGACUGGUGUCAUCUAAAUGGAAGUUCACCACUUUAAUUAGAAACUGGGACGAGUUAUCUUUCACAAAGACUUCUGGGACUGUUAUUAGGGACAGGAAAAAUUGGCCAACAGCUGACCAACGUGUCAACUGUAAAGAUCCUAGAAACAAUUAUCUCUUAUUUCCUCAUUUCAUUUCUCAUUUCUGGCAUGUUAUUUUGUGCACUGGCAAAGUCAAAAUCUUUAAUAAAUUGAGAGUGGAAUAGUUCAGGGCCGGAUUCCCCCGGCCCCUCCCCAGGAUCUACCUCUGUAGUUAAGAGUGAAGUGGUUAUAACAAGUUUUUUUAUAAUUUAUAUGUGAAAUUUGUACAGUUUUAAUUUUUAGUAAUCUGGCUUGAGAUAUGCAAAUGUGUCACUCACUCGUUGAUGCAGUUGUUUGCUUUUUCUAAAAUUCUAAAAUAAUUUCCUUGUGAACAACAGUAAACUAAUAUGAUAAGAAUUUCCCACUACCAAGCAGUUUUAAGUUGCUCAUCAGUUGUAACAUUUGCAUAAAAGGGGAAGGGAGGGUGGCGGGGUCGACGCUGUACUUAAGACUCAUCAUGUUUUCUAUACUCUCCUCUCAUUGUUGUCCAAUGAUGUCCCAUGAGUGUGGUUUUCUUCUUAAAUUAAGUGUUAUUGCUUAAGAGGUGGGGUUAGUGUCUUGUUUGAUUCCCGCUAAAGUACAUUGAGGUACCAUGUUUAGUUUCCAUGGUAACUUUGUGAUGCAGUUGAUAAUAUAAUAUUAUUUAGCACUUUUAAUUUAUAACCUUCAUGACUUCUUUUCCUGUAGCAUGUCAGAGAUGCUUCAUGAAAGAGAAAAUACUACUUGGGAAAUAGUAGUACCCAUAUCAUGCUUAAAUAGGUCACACUAGAUUACUUCACUGCAAAAGCCUUGUUUGGGAGCAAUGUAAACAUGUAAGGCUCUCACAUGAAUGAAUUCCCUUUUGGUAGGAAACCCUACAAACAAUGAAGAAAUUAAUCCAGUGGAACCUUUAUAUAAUGAAGAUCUAUAUAUCAAUUAACGAUUUUCUUUUCCCCAGUAACAGUAAAAUAUAAAAGACGGUAUAGCGAGCAAAUUUUACCAGUCCCUUGGCCCUUUGUUAUAUUAAGUUUCCAUUGUAGUUUGCCGUUUACUUUUAUAAGGGCUCUUGUUUGUACAAGAAUGUUGCAGACACUUUAUUUGUAUUAUUUAAUCAAAAGGUUGCAAAUGGUGCGGUUGAUUCAAGUUAAGAAAUCUAGUCAAUUAUGUCAGUAAUAGUAUUAAUCUGGCUCAUAAUGUAACAUGGCUACGUAAAAUGAGUUACUCAGUAAUAAUAGAAUUAUUAGUGGAAAUAAUCAUGAAUAAUGUGAGUAGUUUUUCCGUAUUUUUGUAGUAAUAAAACUCUCUUUAAUUUGAAGUAUGUGUUUUGAUGGAUAAAAUCAUUUUAACAUUUCAAAUACAUCUACAUUCAGGAAAUCUUAAGAUGACAUGUAAAAUGAUUCUUAAAGGUAUCCUGAAUUUAGAUGUAAGAUGAUCCCUAAGAGGACCAGGGGGGGGAGGGUGGUACUUCCUUAUAAGAGGCUAAUGGGGAUGUGCCGCUGAAUGGGGUCGCAUUUUCACGACUGGAUUGACUAUAAUGGGGUCGCAUUUUCGCUAGAGUUACUAAAAUGGGGUCGCACAUUUUAAGAUGUUUGGGGUAAGAAAGUUCUUCAUAUUUACCGUUAGCAAACGUACCAGAAUGUUUGUACUGGCGGUGAAAAGUAAAGUGUUCUUCAUUCGAUUUAAAAAAUUGGUCAAUUCAUUUUAGGAUGACCUAUUUAAAGGAUUGAUAAGGUAGAUACAGAAAUAGAAAGUGACUAAGUUGGGAUCGUGAAAAUCACAUUUGCCCAAAAGUGACCAAAAUGGGGUCUCUAAUUGGUCACAGAAUAGACUAUAAUGGGGUAGGGCCUCUGAGAGGGCAGCGGUACAUACCCAGCAAAAAAUAACGCAAGUAUCGCCCGGGAAGAGGACAUACCGCAAGGUUCCAAAAACAAACAAACAAACAAAUGAUCAAAACGCAAAGUUUCAGACGUCGAAUUUAAUUCAGUCGAAUACAACGGCUGUUGCCGAAAACAAAACACGAAAAUUAAGAAACGGUUAAGAAAAGUCUUAAAUGCAUUAAUUUAUGAAUUGAGUUCGGCACUGCAGUGCACGACGUUGAUGUCGACGUUUGAAAGUAAGUCUACUGCCGUGUCGCACGGCAAGGUUUGCCGUGCAGUAGCACGACUUGGUUUCAAACGUUGCGCUACUGCCGUGCUAAAGUCGAAUAGUAGCACAAUGUUUGAAACGGGCCUAAAAUGAUUAAAGGCAGCAGGGGCGCCCAUAACAGGAAGUAACCUGACCAGAGGCCAGCAGGGAACAAGUUCCAUCACUGAUCAGCAACGGGCCACCCACCAAAUUACUCCAACUUCGUUGUUAGAAACACGCCAAGAAUCAAAACAGGAUCAAAAUCAGAUGUCAUUUGGUCCCAAGAGCCGAAUCUCAAUCACACAGUCGACACCGAGUAUAAAUUUGAUAACUGCAAAAAUUAAAUUUCGCGCCUUUUAGUAGUAAACUUUUUGGCGCCAAGAUUUGUAUUUCAACAUCAAAGGUCUUCUGGUUGACCAUAAUUUUUCCUUCUUAUAGAGGUGAAACUAUCGUUCAGUGAGAUUGCUAGGGAAGAAUUUUGGAAAACUUCAGAUACUUGGGAGCAUGGAUGAGAGUUGAACGUUUCAGGUGGUUGCACCUGGCACCUUGCAUAUUAAUAUAUUCAUAUUUUCUUUCAUUCAAACUUCCUUCAACUUCUCAUUGGUCGAAUUUCGCCCUGUUAUUGUUCACAAUCA